AUGCCGUUCGGACUAAAGAACGCCGGAGCAACCUUUCAGCGGAUGGUUACUAAAAUGUUCGCUCCUCUCUUGGGCCGAACAAUGGAGGCCUACAUCGACGAUAUGGUGGUAAAGAGUAAGGAGAAGUCUAAACACCUCACCGACCUAGCAAAAAUGUUCGCCAUACUUAAGCACCAUAAGCUUCGUCUGAAUGCCUCCAAAUGCGCCUUCGGAGUUGGCACUGGAAAGUUUCUGGGUUUUCUGGUUACAAACCGAGGGAUCGAAGCCGACCCAUCCCAGAUCAAAGCGAUACAAGAGCUGGAGCACCUGAAUUCUACAAAGGACGUGCAACAUCUUGCCGGGAUGGCCGCUGCGCUGAACAGAUUCAUUAGCCGGUCUUCGGAUCGUUGCAGGCCCUUCUUCAAAACUCUGAAGUCUAAGUUCUUCUGGGAUGAAGAGUGCGACCGUGCACUGGCGGACUUAAAAGCGUAUCUCUCCUCAGCCCCAAUUUUGGUCACGCCUCAGCCGGGCGAAGAGCUGUACCUCUACUUGGCUGUUUCUCAACACGCGGUGAGCGCGGUAUUGAUUCGUGCUGAAGGCAUCCAGCACCUACCAAUCUUCUAUGUAAGCAAGACCCUGCUCCCGGCCGAAACAAGAUAUCUUCCCUUGGAGAAAUUGGUGUUGGCCCUAAUGACGGCAUCGAGAAACCUGGCACACUAUUUUCAUGCCCAUACAAUAGUUGUGCUGACCGAAUUCCCUCUCAAGGUGCUCUUUGAGAAGGCCGACUUCACCGGGAGGAUUCUAAAGUGGGCCGUGGAAUUGGGGCAGUAUGACAUCAGGUUCCGCCCGCGCACCGCGGUCAAAGCUCAAGCUCUUGCAGAUUUUGUGGCGGAAUUUGCCCCUAGGACGCAUCCAGUUUGCCCGAUUGAUUUGGUUGGUGCGGAUUUAGCACAACCCAAGAUCCAUCAGCCGGCUAGAGAUUUGCUCCCUCUCACAAGUCCUUGGCCGUUCGCGCUUUGGGGAUUGGAUAUUGUUGGACCACUCCCAGCAGCGCCGGGCAAUCGCAAGUUCUUCAUCGCCACCACCGACUACUUCACCAAGUGGGUGGAGGCCGAGCCACUGGCGACCAUAAAGGAACAGGAUGUGAAGAAGUUUGUUUGGCAGAACGUCAUUACUCGCUUCGGUAUACCCAGGGCCCUCGUCUCAGAUAACGGCACUCAAUUCGAUGGGAAGCUCUUUCGCGGAUUUUGUGAAGAGUUGAAGAUCGAGUUCUACAAUUCGACGCCGGCCUAUCCUCAGUCUAACGGUCAAGCAGAGGCCUCAAACAAGACCAUCUUGGAUGGGUUAAAAAAGCGGCUUGAAAAAGCCAAGGGGAAAUGGGCUGAGGAACUUCCCAACGUGCUCUGGGCAUACCGCACUACCCCAAGAAGGUCGACCGGGGAAACACCAUUCGCUUUGGCCUACGGCAUGGAGGCAGUCAUCCCGUUGGAAAUUGGCAUGCCAACCAUCCGCUCUGAAAGUUUCCAGCCUGAUCUGAAUAAUGAAGUCGUGGCAUUGGAAUUAGACCUUGCCGAGGAAAGAAGGGAGCGGGCACUAAUCCACAUCGCAGCUUAUCAACAAGAGCUCUCCAAGAAAUACAACAAGGCGGUGCACCCCAGGCUAUUCAAGGUCAGAGACUGGGUUUUGAGAAAGGUACUUGGCAACACGGUGGUCCCCGGCGAAGGAAAGCUCGGUGCGAAUUGGGAAGGACCAUACAAGCUUUUCCAGACCCUUAGCCUCUUGGCACUAGAUGUAAAAGAUAGCAAUGCUUUUGUAAUAAAAAUAGCACUCUUGUUUGGUAUUACAUCUCUGUACAAUGAAAUCGCAAGGAUACAAGGCAAUCAUGGAUGCCAGGGGCAAGGAGAUCGCCCUGAAUGA